AUGGGCAUCGCGACGUUGGACCUGCGUCCGGGGGUGGGCCUGGGGCCCUUCUCGCUCGGUGCGCUCCCCCAAGCCCGCUCCUCUUACUCGUCCUCUUCCGCUGCGCGCGCUCUGCGCUCCCCGCUACGGAAUCUCCCCCGCCCGCCGCUGUCCCACCCGCGCCCCCCUCGUUUCCUUGCUUUCUCUCAACCGCUCUCGCUCUUCACGGGUUCUCUUCGCGUUUCUUCGUCGCCCGCUGGUAACCACAUUCCCGCUGCUCUUUCCCCCACACGUGUCUCCCCUACUCGUGCUGCACCUGCUGCCUGUUUGCGUUGUUCGGGCGCGUGUCGGCGCGUCAUCGUCGUUAACUACUGCCACCAGGAGCCUCUAUCGCGGGACAUAGUCAUCGCCUUCCCGCACCUCGGUUUCCGCCUCUGCUUCGACCCACACGUGCAGCGCCUGCACCGCAUAGACGUGGCGGACAUCUCUCGUCUGCACCUGCGAUUCGGAGCCUCGCUGCUCGGAGGCCCCAUGCAGGCGCCCACGUUCGCGCACGUGUAUUCAGUGCUUGGUCCCACCUUCCCCGGCGCCUACAGCGCUCAGUCUUCCUGCUAUACCCUCGCCUACCCGGGCAUGGCUUUGCUCUUCCCCAUCGCAGCGCCGCACCAGCACCUAUUCCACCACCCCACACACGACCUCCCCAUGCAGCUGCCAGACGGCUCUGCGCCCCGCCUAUCGCGGGUGCUGCUGCACCUGCCGGGGGAGCCUGCUCUCCCUGCGCAGGGGGCGGGGGGGACAGGGGGCGUUGGGGCCGAAGGGGGCACAGGGGGGACUGUCGAGGGCGGGGAGGGGGAGGGGUUGCGGCGGGCAGCAGAGCGGUUUGCGUCGCUGCCGCUGGUGAUGGCGAAUGGGGCCGUGUACAUGGAGGCCCUCGUGGUGCAGCUGGGAGAGGCACUGCUCUUCUCACAGGGCGGGCAGCGCAUUGCCUUUGGGGACUCCGCGCAGGACGUAUGGUCGGAGCUGGGGAGGCCGUGCUGCAUGGGCGCCAAGCAGGACUCUGCCAAGGCAAUUCACUCCGCCCGCGCCCCGCCCCUCUCCUCCUCCCCCUCCUCGCCCCUCGUCUCCUCCCCCUCGCCCACGCUCUCCCCCUGCUCCACUCCCCCGGACUACAUCUGGAGCUACUACACCCGAGGGCUCGAUAUUAUCUUCAGUGGCCAGAGCUACGAGGUGCGCAAGCUGGUGUUGCACACCAACCUACCGGGCCAGCCGGAUUUCAACGACUACGUCAAGUGCAACUUCCGCAUCCCCGCGCCCCAUGCACCCCCAGAUGCCCCUGCCGGGUCCGACCCAUCGCUCUGUAUAACUCCUGACUCCAAGUGGGACCAUGUGCAGAAGCUAUUCGGGGGAGGUGGACGGGCGACCAUACAGACCGCAGGGGCCUUGCACAGGGCCUUUGGACCCACCUUUGUGUACGGCUUCCGUCACUUGGCGUUUGAGGUGUUGAAGAAUGGACACAUCUCGUACUCCACGGGGUGCGACCCGGCGACGGCGCCGCUGAAGCCGGCGGGGAAAAACAGCAUAUUCCGCUUCGCGAGCGUCAACUUCAACGCGGCCACGCGCAAGUGGGGCCUCGCUACCAGCGCCAACUGGACCGAUUACCGCACGUCCACCCUCGGCCGCGUUCGCAACCAGGGCUCCUGCGGCAGCAGCUGGGCGAUGGCGGCGGUGACGGCGGUGGAGCUCGCAUACGCCGUGGCGCGCAACGACUCGUGCGACAUGCAGGCGCCGCGUUACCUGUCGACGCAGCAGGUGCUGAACUGCGGCGACAGCAAAAAGGGCAACUGCACGGGCGGCUGGCCCACGAUUGCGCUGGACUAUGUUGUGAAGACGACGGGGAAAUACGGGGGUAUGGUGACGGAGGGUAAUUACCCCUACAAAGGAAACUCGACGUGCACAUACGGCACGAAGGGGAACGCGAUGUGCGCAUCUGGCAAGGACGACGACGACGAUAGCGACGACGAUAAGAAGUUGUCGUCGUGCGACACGUCCAAGGUGAAGAAGCAGGCGACGGCCAUCGGCAUCCGGUCAUACGAGAGCAUCGACUACUACGGCUGGCUUGGCCUCAUCCUCGCAGUGCAGGUGCAUCCGGCCAUCGCGCUGGUGAACUCCAAGCCCGACUCCUUCCGCAACUACCAGUCGGGCGUGUACGCGGAUUCGUCGUGCGCGGAGGGGCAGGUGGACCACGCUGUCGUGGUGAUGGGGUAUACCUUCGCGUCGCCCGGACCCCUCUGGAUCCUCAAAAACUCAUGGGGCAAGACGUGGGGCAUGCAGGGAUACAUGCAUCUGGCCAUGCAGGGCGGGCUGGGGGCAUGCAACAUCCACUCCGUGCCUGCACUCGUGCCCGUCAUCCGCAACUCGGAUCCGUGCAGCCUGCUGGUGAACCCCUGUGGCGGCGGAGAGUGCAUUCCGCGCGACAGCGGCAAGUACAAGUGCAACUGCCCGCCUCAAUUCGUCAAAGUCAAGAACUCCGACGGCACCGAGUCCUGCACGCCAGUGGUGGUGUGCACGCGAGCGGACAUCAACCCGUGUGGAGUGGGCACGUGUCUCAAUGACGGCAAGGGAACGCACACCUGCCUCUGCCCGCGCGGAUUCACGCUCGGCACCAUCGCUGUCGGCUCGGACACCUGCGUGCCCUCGGACAAGACCAUAAAGAGCAUCAAGGUGCCGCUGACGGUGCCGGCCAAGGUGGUGUACGGGCUCUACGGCAUUCCCAAGGACCAGUUCUACGACCAGAACCCCGACCUGGACUCGGACGACAGCAAGAUAAAGAAGGGCAAGAAGGUGAACGUGAAGGCGACCUCGGAUACCAUCAACUGCGAUCUCUUCUACCCCUGGAACUGGGGCAAUCGCUGUGGGCCGGUGGCAGCACUGUUUGGCAUCUCCAUCGCUCGCCUCCAGGACCUCAACCCGGGCCUCACCUGCCCCACCGGGGCGUACCCGGGCCAGCAGAUCUGUGUGCGGGAGGGAAGCGGCCUGGCCAUCCCGCUGUGUGCGCAGUAUCACGUGAUAGCGCCCCCGGACACGUGCAGGAGCAUCAAGCAGCAGUACUCGCUCUCCUGGUCCACCUUCUUCGCCCUCAACCCUGGUGUCUUCUGCGCCAACCUCUACCCCGCUGCCACCGUCGAUGGACAGAACUCCAUCCCCAGUGGCGCACAGGUGGGCUCGUGUGGUGCACAGGUGGGCUGGUGUGAGUGA